AGAUGACGGUGUUUCUACAUUUACUAGUUUCAAUUCUCAGCAACGCGAGGGAUGGCGAUAAGGGAAAAGUGCUAAUGCUCUUUGUAAAAUGUGCCAGUGCACCUGUUAGUCGGAGGUCGCAGCAUGACGUAAAUUUUUCAACCACUGACGGUAACACUGUCUCGGACAGGACACGAGGCGAGACGAAGAGGAAGAAUGAGAAACAGCCGGUUGGCGGGUGGUAUGGUGGUAGAUCGGGAUCGGCACCUGAGGUUGAAUAGCAUCAAAUCGUCAGCUCCAUUAUUUAUAAUACGAAGUGUACAGUUUUCCUUUCAUGAAGAUCAUGGAUUCGAGUUUAUCCGGACUGUACGAUAGUUACGAUAGUUAUCCAGAUGAGGAUGAUUUAAUGGGUGAAGAAGAUGAAGAUGAAUAUGAUGAUGAGUCCGAAAUGAUUGAUAAUGAAUACUCUAUGUUCUCUCCAGAUCCUGACAACGAAGUUUUAUCGUUUAUCUUUCCAGAAUAUACGGAAGAAAGUAUAAUCGUACCUACUCGCGCCGUCGAUUUGAAAGAAAUGGCAGCUAUGAACGUUGCGAUUGCGCUAUGGAAUCAUUUAGAUGUAGCUCAAGCUGUAUCAAUAGACAUAAAACGUUAUUCUCAAAGCAUCGGAUUCAGUUUAUACGAAAAAGUAAACCAGUGGUGGUCGCCAGACAAAUUACCAGUUCCUCCGUUAAUAUCCGAACAGAUCGGUAAAUACGUCAGUAAGAUGCGAAACGAGAUAGAUGAUUGGGUAAUGUAUCAUCAUCGAAAAGUGUUUUUCUACGCUAAGAGUAGCCAUUCCGUUUACUAUCAUAUUUACGACAUCAUUUGGUACCCCAACGGCACGAUAAAUUAUAAAGAAACGGCUAGAAAUCUGUUGAAAUCGAUGAGAAUAAGCGACGUUGAAAAGUGCCACCUAUUGUGUACUUAUUGUUUGAAAGACGAUAUCGAACGUAUGUCACCUCAGAUGUUUUCGAAUAACCUCUUGGAUAUGGUGGAAUUUGAACGUCAGCCUUUGAUUUAUUACUGGAAUUGUUUUUAUAGAAAGCAAUUGGACAAAAUACCUAUAGGUGCAGACGCUGUAAACCUAUCAGUUGAUCAGUUCAUGGUAAAAUGUCAUUACGUCGAUAAUUGGCCCGCGAAGGAGUAUUUUUUCGAUCGAUUGUCCUCAAACGACCAAGUUGAAAUGGCUAGUUGGUUGAUUGACAAGUAUGGCAUGAAGUAUCUGAAAUUAUUGCUCGUGAAAUUGGACGAAUCGCAACGACUUCAUCUGUAUAGUAUGGAGAAAUUGGAGAAAUCGGUGAAAAUUAUGAGCAUUUUCGCGUCUGCCAGAGUCUAUUACGAAGAUAUUCUUAAAACGUGGUCCGAAAUUCGUAAUCUGAUAACUCCAAGUCAAUUCGUGACAAUUUUCAAGACUUUAUUCCGUAUGUUGAAGUACGAUAUCGUUGUGAAAGAAAUUUGGACCAGCGCGAGGGAUGACCUUAAACAUCACCUCUUAAAUUCGUUCGAUCAGUACAAUAUACUUGAAAAAAUGUUGAAUGCGUGGAUAUCUGAUACCGAGAAUGACUCCUUCUUCAUCGUAAUGCAAGACGUGGAUAAGAACUUGAAAUUGAAUAUCACGAAGAAGGUUUUUUUUUUAGAAAGCUGCGAUACUUUGAUAUUCAGGGGUGAAUUGAAAUCACUCGAUCGUUUGUUGAAUUCGAGUUUCGAUGAUAUUCAAGAAUCAACUGAGUGCAAGCAGAAUCUCGCCAAAGAACGCUCUUUUCAUACUCACUGCAUUAAAUUGAUUGUCGAUGAAAAAUUACCAACCUUGGAGCUUCUGUUAAAUUCAUUUCUAGCAAAUCCCGAAGAAUCUGCUCAAUUCAAACGUGAUCUUGCCAAGAAGCCUUGUUUUAUGGAACGUUGCGAGAAAUUGAUGUUGGAAUACGAUUUUACAGCUCUAAAACGAUUACUGAACGUUUGUCUUCCUGAACCCGAAGAGAUGACGAAAUUUAAACAAGAACUCGCCCAGAGAAACUUUUUUACCAACUACUGCGUGAAUUUAAUUACCGAUGAUACCAAGUACCUUUUGCUCGAAGGAGUAUUGCGGUUUUUGUUUAUUCAACCCGAGGAUUCGAUACGUUUCAAAUACGAACUCACUACGAAAGAUUUUUUUCGUAAUCAUUGCGAAAAAUUGAUGCGCGAUGAUCAAUUACAAGUUCUGGAUGAUGUGUUGAAUUCGUGUUUACAAAAUGCCGAAGAUGUACUUAAAUUCAAACGAGAUCUUUUUACGAGUUCCAAGUUGAUGAGAUAUCGAUGUUUAAAUUAUUAUUCGAGCGGAAACUUGGCGCAGAUAAAUGAACUGGUAUCGCGGUUCCUGGCUCCGUAUUCUGAACUCAUUUACGAGUAUAAAAAAGACCUACUCACGUCAGUCAAUGGUCUCACCAGAUCAAUUCAGCUUUUUGACAUCAGACCGGAAGUAAUUCAUAGAAUUACCACAGAUGGAUUCCUUACCGCCGAAUGCGCGGCUGAACUAAAAAAGGAAAUAAUAUUCGCUUCUGGAGCCAUUAAAAUAAUGCAGUCGUGGAUACAAAAUGGUCGUGUGAAUCUUCUGAAACAAUCUAUCGAUCAGUUUCUCGAGUCGAACGAGGAUAAAAGAGCUUUAAAAAAGCUUCUAAUCAAUGAUCCUGUAGAACUUAUACGCGACUACUUUUUCAAGAAUAUUCAAUCAACGUGGCAAUCAUUAUUGCUUUGGUUAUUGGAAAACGAAAACUCGGUUCUAGAAUAUAAGCGAUCGAUGCCCGUGGAUAACAUUUUCGACGACUUGUUGAAAAAGUGCGUAUUUGAAAAAUACGAUACUCAGGUGAGAAUUUGCAGGUGUAGAUCCACUAUAGAUAUGGAACCUUUGGAUCGAUUUUUGGAGUGGUAUUUCGGAGAUCGACAUUCUAUAAGAGAAUAUAAAUUGCGGAGAAUCGACUCGUUCAAUAGCAUCGAUACUAUUGCAACGCUGCUAAGGAAAUCAGAUGCUUCGUACUUGAGAAGUGUUAUGAAUUGGUUCUUCGUAAACGAUCGUAUGGGUAUGGACGCAUUCCAGGCGAAAAACAGAGGUCGAAAAAUUCUCAGGUAUCUCUGCAAAGACAAAGAGUAAACAAAGACGAUCGAAUUUUUUUUUGUUGAGUUUGGAUAAUGUUAGAUUUUGUUGGUAUUACUUAGUACUGGUUCCUUUGUUGUGAUUUUUUUCGUGAUUUUUCUUCUUCUGUAUGUUAUGUUUAUCUACAUAGGUAUUUAUUUAUUAAGGCAGAUCCGUCGUUUUCGAAAUAUCUUGUUAUUCUAGCGAAUAAUUUGAUUUUGUUUUUAUUGAAAAUUUUAAGUGCGUAUAUUAUUUGUUAAUGUGAAUCAUAAUUUUUUAGCUGUUUUGUUCCUCUAAAAUUUAUUUAAAACCAAUAAAGCUAAAAUCAAACCAGUA